AUGGAAAAAGUCGAAUAUGUUUUGACAAAUAUACCAUUAGUUCUGGAAAGGAUAUUUAGUUUUUUGUCGGCCAGAGAUUUAUUACGUUUACAAUCAGUUUGUAAAUCAUGGAAAUCUUGCUCUGCAGAUGUUCUUCGUGGGAGAAAAAGUGUGAAUCAAGUGGAAUAUAUCACUUAUGUGAAAAAUUGUGAUGAGGAUAAACAAACUGUAAAAUUUAAGAGAUCAAACAGACAAAUGACAUGGAAAAAGAACUCUAGUAUGUACAAAGAAUUUUCUGAGUGGAGAAAUGAAUGGCAUUGUGCACCGACCGCGGGGAUAUCUGUCUCUAUGUCAAAUGAUCGUAUAAUCAAUAGUUUCAAUUAUGAUCAUGAAAAUAUGAUACGAUAUUGGCUUCCACCUGCGAAUAAAUUACUAACUCUAAGGUCAGUGUACAGUGUUGUAUGUGUGGAUAGUGAGAAAGCUUCAAUAGAGAAUAUUGUUGAUGAUAUCAGUGAUGUUUUCAAUUAUAUAUCAUUUCCACAGAGUUUAUCAAACUUAUUUUCUGUCAAUUAUUUCAAUCUGGAAGAAGAACAUUCAAGUGAGGAUCAUGAUAAGUUUAUUCAAACUGUUGGUGACGAACUUGAACAUUGUGACACCAAGUUAGUUUUUGUGUCAGUAGUUUCAAAAGAUUCAUCUUUGUCACCUUUACACAAGAAUAUACUGAAGCCGGCAGCUUGUCGUGGGGUUGUUGUUAUUGGGUGCAUUUUCGAAACUUUAAUUAUUUUUAAUCCUGAUAAUGGACCAGCCAAUAGUACCAAUGGUAUUCAAGAUUAUGUAAUAGUAUCUUUUAAAGGUAAAAAUGUACGUUCUGCAUCAGUUUUGGUAGGAUCUCAUGUUGACACUAUCAAAGAAUUAAAUGCAUGUUUAGAAACGCUACAGGAAACUGUAAAAUCUUUUGGUGCCAACUGCCCAAAUAUGUGUAAAUUCAAAAAUAAAUUUGGCCAUUGUGCAUCUUGUAAUUCGCAAACUUUGGGCUUCAUGGUAGCUUGUUGCUCUCGUGCUAAUCCUCAAGAAUGGUACGUUGAAGAAGAUACUGAUGAUUUUGCAGACGUUCCACGUAAUCUUGAACAAGAAGCAUUUAGAAAAAUGAUUCCAAAUGUUCCGCUCUUGGGAAUAUAUGGAAUGGGAGAAAUUGGAGGUUUCAUAAAUCUCAUUGGCCACCAAGAAAAACUUUUUGACCAGAACAGUGAUCUGAUAAAAAGAGAAAGCACUGUUUUUGCAGUGGUAAUGUUGAAAUAA